AUGUUGUGCUCAAAGGCCCUCGCUGUUCUGGGUUUAUAUGCCACGAUUGCGUCGGCAGCGUCUUGCCGGACACAGAGCUACCGAGGCACUGUGUACAAGGAAGGCUCGGCUUCUGAGUGUACUGCAUUGGCGAAUGCUGUCUGUCAGGCUGGCCAGAGUCAGGAAAAGCUGCGAUACAGUUACGAUGGGGAUAAUUACAAUGAGGGUAACGGAUGCGCAAUCGCAGUUACAUGCUGCACAAGGUAG